GGUUUUUUUGGACUUAAGAAAUGCUGAAGCUAGGCAGGAGCUGGUGUGAUCACUUCUGCGAUGUCUUGGUCGCAGAAGCGACAUCGCAGAAGUGAGGUCGAGCUCGCAGAAGAGAAAUGGGGAGGGACAAGGCAGUGGUCGUAGGUGUGAAGAAAUUCCCGCAACUGCGGAAUCGCAUAAGCGAGAAAUGAAGACGAAGAAGAGGCGGGUCCGCAGAUGUGCGAUUGGCAAUCGCAGAAGCGCCUGUGCAGACGCGAAAAUGCUUCCACAAAUACGAUGUCUCAGAUGGGCAGUGUACUCUGCAGAUGCGCAUUUUGGAUCACAAAAGCGAGGCCGCAGAUGCGCGAAUAUGUCUGCAGAAGCGAAAACUGGGCAGAACAUAAUGGGAUCGAACUUGGUCAUUUCGUCAUUUUCAUUUGGGAUUUUUGGAGCUCGGUUCUUGGGCGAUUUUGAGGAGUUUUCAUCAUGUAGAACAAGUUUUGGAUCGAUGGACAUCGGUUUGAGGUGUUAG